UCUCUGAACCCGUCAGGUGGUGGAGUCAUACUGCUGCCACAUAAACACGACACAUUUUUAAAAACGUUGUGAUAACGCUAGUUUAGCUGCAAUUAAUGUUGUUUUUAUAUCUAUAUGUAUAUAUUCAUAAAUGUCGGUGUUUGUAAUAUAUAUACGGUUUUAAAGGGGCAGUGAGGAGUUAUUACAGUGACUGAAUUUACUAGUAAACGCACCAGAAGAAGCGCACGUGGGGCAGAUGCUGCCAGUCACAGUUUGAAGCAGACUUUUCGUCUCGAGUUUUUUUUGCGUCGUUACAGAAACACAGGAAGAAGUGUAAAAACGGAUGUAUGACAAUGACCCACGCUGUGAACGCGACCAGCCACGGUUUUUUUUUACUCCCUCGGCUUUAACUUGAUAUUUUAGCGACACAUGAGAGCCACUAAUUUAGCGAGCGAGCUCUGUUUGGAUUAUUCGGUGCGCUCUUUUUUUUAUUUGGACCACCGAGUGUGACUUCUGUGAGUGGAUAAGUAUUUGAGAAAACAUGGGGACUCAGGGCACAGGACGGAAAAGAUCGACCAAGAAGGAGAGGUCGACGGCAGAGGACGAUGCCCUAAAUCUCAUAGCGAGAGAGGCCGAGGCCAGGCUGGCAGCGAAGAGGGCGGCCAGGGCAGAGGCCAGAGAGAUCCGCAUGAAGGAGUUGGAAAGACAGCAGAAAGAGCUCUCAGACGAUGAUGAGCGGAUGUCAGUGGGGAGCCGGGGCAGUGUCAGGGUGGAGGACAGAGAUUAUCUGGAGAAGGGAUCUCGAGCAGCUUCUGCCUUAACAGCAGGAACCCUCACCUCUUUAGGCGGGACUUCCUCCCGGAGAGGAAGUGGCGAGACGGCUAUAACUGUAGAUGCAGAGUCGUCUUUACGAGAAAUCAAGGAGAUUCAUGAACUGAAGGAUCAGAUUCAAGAUGUGGAAUCCAAGUACACACAGAACCUUAAAGAAGCCAAGGAUGCAUUAGUCGAAGUGGAGGAGAAGUACCGUAAGGCCAUGGUGUCCAACGCCCAGCUGGAUAACGAGAAGAACAACCUGAUGUACCAGGUGGACACACUCAAGGACUCGCUGAUGGAGCUGGAGGAGCUGCUGGCUGAGUCACGCCGCGGACACGAGGAGAAAUGCAAGGAUUAUGAGCGAGAGAAGCACGCCCACACUUGCCUUCAGUUCCAGUUCAAUGAAAUGAAAGAGACGCUAAAACAAAGUGAAGAGUUGCUUAAUGACAUCCGUCAGCUGCGUAUCAAAGAGGAAGGUUUUGUUAGAGAGAUAUCUGACCUGCAGGAGACAGUGGAGUGGAAGGAUAAAAAGAUCGGGGCCUUAGAACGACAGAAAGAAUACACAGAUGCAAUCCGAGUUGAGCGGGAUGAGCUCAGAGAAGAGGUGGUGAAGCUGAAAGACAUUCUGAAGAAACAUGGAAUAGUUUUGGGACCUGAUCUCAACAUCAAUGGAGAGGUUGGGGAGACAGAAGUGGACGGGACCCCCGGUGCAGACGCUGCUGCCCCGCAGGCUCAGGACCUACAGACCUCCCCCCCGGAGGGGAACAGCAUGCUGGGCAACACAGAAGAGACUCAGUUGAGAAGUAGUGGAGAGGAAGAGGUGGAUCCAGAGCAGCAUCAAGAAAAAUCUGAGGAAGCCAAAGACAUGAGCUCUGAGACACUAUGUAGUAGUGUUGGUGUGUCUACACUGGAAGCAUCUAGUGAAGGACAGCCAACAGAAGAACUACAGACACCCUUAGAAGAAGAUGAGAAGACUACCACAGAAAAAGAAGACGAUGUUGGAGAACCUAGCCCCAGCAAGGACUUGAGUGUUGUCAUUAAUGACCAAUCAAUUGCAGCAGCCAAAGAUAUAAUCAUUUGCACCCCUGAGCUUCAAGGGAUUGUAACAAGUUCUGAGGAAAAUGUUCCAGAAACAGAAACGCCUGAGGUGGGAGAUUUAGAGGAGGCAGAAACCAAAAGUUCUAGGGUUGACACACACAGCGAUAACAUUAGAGAGUCAUGUAACAACUUCUCUGCAGAGCAAGAGAACAAACGGGAACAAGAUGAGGAAAGUCAUUUGAGAAAUACAGAGUCAUGUCAUCAGCAAAAAGUUGCACAAGAUGUUGUGACAGAAAGUUCACCCGAUGAGUCCGUCCCACCUGCCUCAAAUGGAGAACCUCAGCAAGAGCCUGAGAACGCAGAAGAAGCAGAGAACGAGGAGGCGGAGGUAGAUAAGAGUACAUCUCAGCCUCAGGGUGCUGCUGCUUCAGGGAAGAAAAAGAAAAGGAAGAGGAAAGGCAAAAAGAAAGGGGCAACUCAUGAGGAUAAGAACCAGCAGAAAGAUGAAGUAGAUAAAGAAAAGGGCCAAACAGAAAUGGACAUUAAAUCAGCUGUAGGAAACUGUGGGCCAUCAACAAAACCUGAAAUUGAUUCUAUCAAGGAAUCAAAGAUGGAUGAGGUUAAGAAUGAGCAGGACAAGCUAGAAGCGAAGAAGCUAGAUGGAGUAGAAGCAGUGAAACCCACUGAAACCCUUAGUCCCAGUGAAACUCUCAAAGAAUCAACAGUGCUUCAGGUUACAGAUGACAAGGAACAAACUCUGGAAACAGGGAAUGUAGAAGAAGCAGUGGCAACUCCUGAAACGUUUCCUCACAUUGAAACUCCAGAGGAAGUAAGAGUAGAUCAUGUUAAAGAUGACCAGAGCGAGCAACAGACUCUGGAAAUUGAAAAAGUAGAAGUCGUAGAGGCAAUGACACCCAAUGAAACUCUCAAAGAAUCAACAGUGGAUCAGGUUACAGAUGAGCAUGACAAGGUACAAACUCUGGAAACGGAGAACGUAGCAGAAGCAGUGGCAGCUACUGAAACGUUUUCUCAUGUUGAAACUCCCAAUGAAGUAAGAGUAGAUCAUGUUACAGAUGACCAGAGUUUGGAACAAAGUUUGGAAAUUGAAACAGUAGAAACAGUAGAAGCAGUGACAACCACUGAAACUCCUUCUCCCAAUGAAACUCUCAAAGAAUCAACAAUGGAUCAGGUUAUAGAUGAGCAUGACAAGGAACAAAUUUCAGAAACAGAGAAUAUAGAAGAAGCAGUGGCAACUCCUGAAACGUUUCCUCACAUUGAAACUCCAGAGGAAGUAAGAGUAGAUCAUGUUAAAGAUGACCAGAACGAGCAACAGACUCUGGAAAUUGAAAAAGUAGAAGUCGUAGAGGCAGUGACACCCAAUGAAACUCCCAAAGAAUCAGCAGUGGAUCAGGUUACAGAUGAGCACAACGAGGAACAAACUUCAGAAACAGAGAAUGUAGAAGAAGCAGUGGCAACUACUGAAACGUUUCCUCCUAAUGAAGUAAGAGUAGAUCAUGUUACAGAUGACCAGACCAAGGAACAAAGUUUGGAAAUUGAAACAGGAGAAACCGUAGAGGCAGUGACACCAACUGAAACCUUUCCUCAGGUUGAAACUUAUGAGGAAGCCAGAACAAUUGAGCAGGAUAGGGAACAGAAGGUAGAAGAGUCUAUAACAAGUCCUGUUCCAGAGGCCGACCUCAGUAUAUCUGAUCUUAUCGACAACUCCAAAGGUGCUGAGACUGCAGACGGUCAGGACAACGAGUACACGUCCAGUGUAGAUAACUCUAAAAGUGAAACGGACAUCUCAACAAAUGACAAUGUCAUCCAUACUGAGUCCAAAGUUGAUGAUAGUGUAGAGGAUGAAGUUGGUUCCAUUGAUGAGAUUAAAUCUGAAUGCACAACUAAUAAUAACCCCCAAAACACCUUAGAAACAAGCAGUGAGGAAAACACUGAGGCUGAAUCACACGAUCCAAGCAGCGGGGACAUCGCUGCUGAUGAAUCCGAAUCCACAAGUAAAGACAACGUGUCUGUGUCCACGUCUUCUACUGACUGCUUGACAGACGCUCUCUUGAUCUUAUGUGGCUCAGAGCCGCCCUCAAAGGUGUCUGCAGCUGUGAAUGCGAGCAGCGAUGAGACCCCAAUCGAGGUUUCAGAAAGAGGUCCUGAUGAGACAGCUGAGACAGGCAAAGAUGAGGAGAAACCAAGAGCAGAGGUUGAUCAAGAACUAUUCACUGCCAGUGAGGACGGGAAGCUCAAAGAAGAUAGAAUAGAAAAGGAGGAGCUGAACAAAGACUUGCAGGACGAUGAAGUUGAACCAGACGGCUCACAUGACACCAAGAGUUGUGACAGUGCAUCCUUAACAAAAAACACUGAUGAAUUAGACUCUAUAAAGAAUCUGUUGGAGACUGAAGAACUGGGUGAUGUAGAAAGUCAGACGUCACAGUGUGGGGAUCACGAGAUCACUACCCCGGACUCUGAAAUCGGAUCAUCUACCGAGCAGGACCACAGUACUCAAGAAUCAGCUGCUGCAGAAGAUCCACAACAUAAAAACAGCCAAAGCCAGACCCAACAGCUGCCUGAACCCAGCACUGACGAGCCUGAGGAUGAGGAUUCAUCUGAACCCGCCCUGAAGGAGAGCGACGAAGAGGAGGGCGGAGAUGACGAAGGACAGUCUUUUGAUUUUGACGACAUGGACAUGGAGGAGGCUGUGGCGAAACAGGAAGAAGUUGAGGAGGGAGUUGAGGUCAUGUCCGAUGGAAGCAACAACGGUAGUUCAGGUCCAAUAAAUAGACAAGACGAGCCAGUUGAGAGCAUUGACGAGAAGUGUAGAGAUGAAGGGGCUGACCAGGUAGAUACACUAGAUCCUCCAGACAACCAGAAGUCUUUGGCUGACGAGGAUGCAGCAUCUGAGAAGAGGGAGCAGUUGGAAAAAGAGAGAGCAGAUGAGCCAAGGCAGAUUAUAGAAGAAGGGAAGGUUGUGAGUGUUGGGGAGUUGGGGGUUGUUGCAGAGAACGUUGACCAGGCCACGUCUGUCCCCGUAGAGGAAGGAUUAGACGCCAUGAAGCUGCAGGGUAAAGAUUUGGAUUUACCAAAGAGUGCAGAACCAGUGGGCAGUAAUAAAGAGCCUCAGCAGGCAGGGAAGAAAAAUGGCAAGAAAGGCAAAGCCAAGCCUAAAGAGGAAGAAAAGUGUAAGAUGUCUUAGCUUCUCGAUGGUAUAUAGUAUAGAUAUAUAUCAUUUGAUCUGCCCUCUACUAGCGUUCGCUUAGCUGUUUACAAAAUGUUAAGAUAAGUAUAUGUGCAAAAUCUCACAGCACUUUGAUUCUUUGUAUAUUCUUUUAAUGAAAACAUUAUGAGGUCCAAACGUGAGUUUUCAUUGUGGAGAGAUGAGAACGUAAACUGUUUGCUUACAGUACAUUUUACUAUUGGGCAAUACUGCAUUUGCUAUAUCAGGUAACAUUAUUGUGUUAUUGGUGCACAUUUGUCAUGCUGCUUGUUAUUAUGUGUCAUAGAUAUUACUGCUCUGCACCCAACAUAUUAUUAUGAUGCUGCAACUUCAUUUAAUAUAAAGCACAGAUGUUAAUUGGUCAUUCUCAUUAAAACUCAAAUAUUCCAUGUUGUAGCUGUAAUGUCGACGGUUAAAAAUGAAAAAAAUGUCUGUAGAUCCUGUUCUGUUCUCAGGGAUUAAUACAACAGUUGUUGGCCAUUUCUAUCCACAAGAAUGGAACAUGUAUGAGAAAUGUAUGUUUGCAUUUUGUUGCACUUAAUGGAAAAAAUGAACGUGGUGCUUCCACACUGAAAUGUCAAUAAAUCCCCUGCUGUUACCGAUUUGAAAUGUUGAUCUAAAUUUUUGUAGGGAAAUGAAUCGUGUCAGCUCCUGGCAAACCAUGAUUUCCAUCACAUUUUACACCCAGAUGUGUCAUUAUAUAUACCUCACAUAUAGUGUGACUGUAGGCCUGCCAGUGUGUGCUCUUGCUCCCUGUUCUCCACAGUUUGCAUGCUAACAUUCCCCCUCACACUCUGCUCCAUCACUCCCCCAUGGGUGCCUGCACUGUUGCAUGCAUCAUCCUCCCACCCUGACCCAGCCCCCCUCCCACCAUCUCCUUGGCUCCUCCCAU